AUGGACUCCUCCUCCUCCUCCUCCUCUGAAACCACUUACAAUGACACUACGUCUGCAUUCCACAAGAUCUCCAAUAAAGACAUGAUCAAGACAAAGCAAGGUCUCGAAAUCAUUGAGAGUCGCUUGAACAGUAUCUGGGGCCAUGCACGCACCGACUCUGUCCUCAACGAGGUCCUCGCCGUACGUAACUCAAUUCUCAAAGCUCAGUCUAUCUCAGACAACUUCACUCCUGAAUCCUCCGAAUGUGAGCACGAGGUCCAAUUUAUGCCCCACAACGACUCCCUACUCAAGUGUGGUAUUGAGAAGACUAUUCGCGACUUGGUGAGCAAGCUACCGAGUUUCGGUGGUUUCAGCGCAGCAACCAUGACCACAUUCCUCAAAAAUUACGCCCUCGAAGAUAUGGAUGAACUCCUCAGAAUUUUCAAGCAGGAGAUGGAGGAAGUCCCUUUUGUCAAAAGACUUCGAGAUCAAUCUCAGGAUCUUGGUCAUUCAUUUCUUCAGCGCUAA